CACAUGUUCAAUCAAUUUUGUGCAUUUAUCAGACAAUGCGCACUUCAGUUUAUACCAGAGUGUACGUAAAAAACAAAUCAUUGAAUGCGCAAAAACAAAAUAAAAAAAAACAUCAUCGAUAUACAAAAUCGCACUUUUUUGUCCAUAUACCUGAAUUGUAAAGUUAAAGCCUUUGAUUCAGUCAUUUGAUUUCGGAAGUGUUGCUUAAUAUAACAAGGUUCUACUUCACUGCCAAAGGAGGAUUAUCAUAUUGGGCCAAGGAAUCCAUUUAGACGUCUCUGAGAGGAAAUUUGAGACAUUUCUGCAAUAUAAUGGAGUUUAAUUACUCAGUCAUGGAGCAGAGUCUCAAACCGGAGCCCCUUCCCAGAGAGAACAGCAUAGUUGACCUGUUGGUGGAUGAGGGUCAUCUGGAGUUGAACCCCAAGCUGGUGAAGAGCGAGGCUGCCCUGAUUGAGCAGGCAGAGAGUCUGCUGAAGGUCUUGGCCGAGAAAGGAGAUGAGCUGGCGCCAUUUAGACUGGGGCAGUUGUUCUACGAAGAGCGCCUGUACGACUCAGCCUUUGUGGAGUUCAACAGACUGAGAGAAAAAGAUGCGCAGGCCAAGUACCAGCUGGCCGUGAUGUACUACGAUGGGAUGGGAGUGAGCGAGAGAAAUCAGGGACUGGCACUGAAACUGAUGAAGGAAGUGGCAUGUUCCAAGGACACCAGGGCCGCACAUUUAGUCCACUCUGCUUGCUUUAACAUCGCAAUGGCAUUUAUGCAAGGUGCUGGCACCCCUCAGUCGUAUGAAGAUGCGGAGAUGUGGCUGCUAAUUGCGGCAGACGAUGGGAACCCGAGUGCCUCCAUCAGAGCUCAGACCACACUUGGGUUAUUCUACUGUCAGAGCGAGUUCAUCGACUACAAAAAGGCAUUUUUCUGGCACAACGAGGCUUGUGGAAAUGGGAGCUUAGAAUCACAAGGUUGUCUAGGCUGGUUUUACUACCUGGGCAAGGGGGUGAAGAAGGACGUAGACGCAGCAUACGAGUGCUGGAAGGAGGCGGCCGAGAGGGGCAAUGUACACGCCAUGGGCUGUCUCGUCAUGUUCUACUACAACAGGAAACUCUACAACAAAGCAGCACAACUCUCACACAGCCUGACAGUUUUGGAUGACCUUGAGGGACUGAGUGAGCAGAGCGGGUGUCUGCAUCACUUCAUCCUGCAGGCAGUCUGCAGGGCUUCCUUCAUUUAUGGCAGGUGCCUUGAGAGGGGAGUGGGGGUACAGAGGGACACUGACACUGCCAAACAGUAUUACUCAAUGGCUGUCUGGUAUGACCCUCAACUGGCUGCUCAGCUGCAGAAAGAAGUGCAGCAUGGACUCCUCUGAGCAACAAACGCCCCACAGUUUUUAUACAAAAUUUUCGUUUCUAUUUUUGAAUGUAGAUGAAAAUAUAUUCUAAUCAAAUCGUAAAAUGCCUUCAAAAUUACGUUUAUUAAUUUUUUUUUGUUGAAUAAGAAAACUAAAUUUACUCUGUUGCUAAUUCGGCACUAGUUUAAAAAAUGUUCGAAUUCCACUGGUAUAAUACUAAACUGAUUAACUAGUGAUAAAAGAAUAAAAAGAGAAUUAAAUUAAAACUGUUUAUUUUCUCUUU